AUGUACCAAUUUGCUCUUCUCCUGCCAUGCAUUGAGAUCGUACGAAUCGGAGAGACAGAGAAGAAUGAGCUGAGACCACUUUUUUUCUUGUCGGAUGUGAAAGCCGGGAUGGGAGUACCAAAGUUUUAUAGGUGGAUAUCGGAGAGGUAUCCAUGUUUGAGCGAAGUCAUCAGUGACACGGAGAUCCCCGAAUUCGAUAACUUAUACUUGGACAUGAACGGAAUUAUACACAACUGCUCUCACCCUAAUGACGAUGACGUCAACUUCAGGAUCUCUCAAGAGCAGAUUUUCUCUGAUAUUUUUGCCUAUAUUGAUAAGUUGUUCAACAUUAUUCGCCCCCAAAAAGUAUUUUUCCUGGCGGUUGAUGGUGUUGCUCCGAGAGCCAAGAUGAAUCAACAGCGUCGGCGCGGACGGCUGCAGAGCAGGAGCAAGCGCAUAUGCGGAAAGGUGGGGAGCUUCCCACUGAAAAACGAUUUGAUUCUAACUGCAUCACACCAGUGUCCUGGAGAGGGCGAACACAAAAUAAUGGAGUUUAUUCGACAUGAAAGAAUUGCGGAUGGGUACGACCCCAAUACUCGGCAUUGUAUGUAUGGACUUGACGCAGAUUUGUUGAUGCUCGGCAUAUGCUCUCACGAGCCUCACUUCUCAUUACUACGAGAAGAAGUGAAAGUUCAGCCGGCCUCCAUCGAAGAAAAAGCAAAUCCGUCUCAAACCAAUUUUCAUCUCCUACACCUUUCUCUACUCAGAGAGUAUCUUUCAUGGGAAUUUGAUCCUCUGAAGACGUCUUUACCAUUUCCUUACGAUAUCGAUAGAAUAGUGGAUGACUGGGUUUUGAUGGGUUUCCUUGUUGGAAAUGAUUUCAUUCCCUCAUCUCCCACAUGUUCACAUUCAUGA